AUGUGUCUUUUAUCCUUUUUCUCUUUGUACCCGUUAGGCAGCUUCUCUAGUGGAAAAAGUAACAUGGAUACGCCCCCGAUAAGUGAUGACGAUAAAGAGGUGAUAGAUCGGCUGUUUGCUUCCGAUGUUCCGCAAUCAUUAAGCAGACAUGCUGUAUUGAUUCUGCAUUAUCACAGGACUGUUUUUGGUUCAAUGGUGCCCUCUAACGUUCUUCUUGCAGGUUGUUUAUUAUAUUCAUGUAAAUGGCUUUCAUAUCCUUCUGGCAACAGUUUCCUCAAAAAUUAUUUUCAAGGGAUGAAAACGUCUGACAUCGUUGGGCUUGAGAUGGUGCUGCACGGGACGGUAAGACAGAACUUCAUGCUUGUUGAAGCAUGUCUGCGCUCGGAGAUGAGUGAAAUUGUGCGGUUGAAUGAUGUUCCGCAUAAUCGCGAAAGAAUAGUACUGGUGUGUCUGAAUUUGGUACGUGCACUGUAUAGGACAAGGUGGUGUCUCUUACCUGAAACUGCUGCUAGAGGGGCCCUGCUCGUUGCCUGUGAGAUGUGCGACGUGCAUCUGAAAAGCUUACCUGAGUCUUUUAAUACUACAAUGGUCACGUGUGCUGUCGAUUAUCUUCGAUCUAUUUUUGCGCAAAGUCGCUGCUAG